AUGUCGACGCCGACAUUUCUCGCUCCUGAUCGCACGCUCGACCUCAAUAAUUCCACCCAUUCCCCACUUUACGUCAUCAUUCGCUUCUCAGCCUCUAUCCCCGACCUCCCCCUCGACAUCGUCUCCCCGGAGACCACCACAUCCGCCGGUCUGAAACAACUCAUCCGCACACGUCUGCCCCCAAAUCUCUCCUCCCACCGUCUCCGUCUAAUCUACGCCGGUCGUGGCCUCGAGGAUGCCACCCCGCUCGCCGCGUCCCUCAAACUCCCGCCCUCGUCUUCCGCCCGCUCGACCCCGCGGCCCCCGGAGGACGACGAGUCCACCACCACCUCGAAGGGCAAGGGCAAGGCCCCCGUGCGCGACCAACCCCGACUGUAUAUCCAUUGCUCCAUCGGCGACAUCGUCCUCUCCACCACCGACCUCGCCGCCGAAGCGGCCAUUGCGUCCACCCUCCGGCAACCGCAGGACUCAGAUUCGGAAAAUCAGGACGAUCAUAAUGGAUCGCCAUCUGGCUCUCGGCGUAGAAAUCAGGGGCACUCGCCUUCGGCAUCGGACUCCGGAGCGGCGACGACAACGACACCCGCGCCCCGCGGAUUCGACCGGCUGCUGGCGGCGGGGUUCACUCCCGCGGAGGUGACGGCGCUGCGGUCCCAGUUCAUGGCCAUCCAGGCGGUUUCGCGGACGCCGGAUACGAUGCCCAGCGGGGCGGAGUUGCGCGAGAUGGAGGAUCGGUGGAUGGAUGAGGGGUCGUCGGCUCUGGCGGCCGGAGGAGGAGUCACUGGUGGUGGUGCUGGGGAGGGGAUCUCGUUUGCGGACGACGAUGGUGGGUUUGGGCCUGGGUCGCGGGGCGCGAUGGACGAUAUGCUUUGGGGGGCGGUGAUGGGGUUCUUCUGGCCGGUAGGCUGUGCGAUGUGGUUGCGGCGAGAGGAAGGGGUCUGGAGUUGGCGGAAGGGGUUUGCGGUGUUUGUGGGGGUGGUGGUUAACGUUGCCUUUGGCGCGAUGCGGAUCAUGAAUUAG